AUGAGUUCCAAAAAUUCUGCACUAGCUUCAUUGACGGCCACUUACACGGAUUCAGAAAAUGAAGGGGGUCAUCCAUCGGACGAUGAUUCAGGCCAAUCCGACGAUGGAAGUUCCGUUUCACAGAUUCGUUCCCGUCAGCAAACACCUCUGCGCGAUAUGUCCGAGAGCUCAAGCACACCUAUCACUCAAAGCAACAACACCAGCUUGCCACUGAAAUCUGCAGAACCCAGCGGAGCCAGUGACAAUGGAACGCCAGGCCCGGUUCGGAAAAAAGCUUUACGCCUAGUGAGCUACAUCGACGACACCGUUGUUUCGGACGAUGAAAAUAAUUCUCCAGCACACAAUGAGAGCGUCUUGGUGGAGGAAUCGGACGAAGAACCCGCCGCCGAGCGAAGUCCGUCCCCUCCGAAGCUAGACCGCUCGAAGCUGUACGGGUUUAGCUUGCCGCCGGAACCGAAAGGCAAGUGUUCGCAAGAACUGCAGGAAAAGAUCGCUGCCUUGCACGAGCGUAUGAAAAACUCAAACAUGGACACCAACCGCAUCAUACAGGAGCGCAAAGAGUUCCGUAACCCGAGCAUCUACGAAAAGCUGAUCCAUUUUUGCGACAUUAACGAGCUGGGCACUAACUACCAGCCCGAGAUAUACGACCCGUUCCAGUGGGGUAAGGAAUCGUACUACGAGGAGCUGGCCAAGUCACAGAAAAUCGAAAUGGAGAAGGUGGAAAAGGCGCGAAAGGAAGCGACGAAAACGGAAAUCCAAACCGGCGUGAAGCGCACGGACCCAGAAGAGUCUAAGAAGCGGAAGUCAAAAUGGGACCAACCGGGUGUAUUAGGGGCGGCCCCCGGAAUGCUGGGAUCGGCCGCCGCUGUUGCCAUGGCUAACGCUCUCAAACCUGCGAGUAUAAUUCAGCAGACCCUCACAACGACGGCCACCGGGACGAAGGGGACAGUCAUAUCGGCGUUUGGGUCGCUUCCAAAGAAGCCCAAGGUGUAAUACUCACAUAGCGAAACAUAGGACAAAUAAAAUUAGACUAAGUUA